CAAUAUAGAAAUUAGAGCCCCUUCUAUAAUAUGAGUACUCCGCUUGUCAAGUAUUGAAUAUGUGCGUUUUCUUUUCUUAGUAUUUCUUCUUUUAGCAAGGUAACAACUAUAACAAGAUGAAGAUGGUGAGACAGAAAACCCAGAUCAGAAAGAUAGAAAACCUAGCAGCAAGGCAGGUGACCUUCUCAAAGAGGAGAAGAGGCCUUUUCAAGAAAGCUCAAGAGUUGUCUACACUUUGUGAUGUUGAUCUGGCUCUAAUCGUCUUCUCUGCCACCGGAAAGCUCUUUCACUACUCUCCCUCAAGUAUGAGUGAAGUGCUAGAAAGGCAUGGACAGCUGCAAUCCCAGAACGUUGGAGAAGUGCAACUAUCAUCUGAUCAGAAAAUGGAGAUUGCAUGUAAAAGAGCUGCCAUCUUGAGUGAAGAACUUGUAGAGAAAACCCACGAAUUGAGGCAAAUGAAUGGAGAAGAUAUCCAGGGACUUGACCUCAAAGAGCUAAACAAACUAGAGGCUAUUAUAGAAUCUGGAUUGGCUGCGGUCGUAAAAGCAAAGGGCGAAAGAAUGUUGAAUCAGAUCAACACUUUAAAGAAGAAGGAAGCUCAAUUGCUGGAAGAGAAAGAAUUCUUGAAACAACAGUUGAUGAGGAUGGGCACAUGUGUUGGCCAGACGGGUAUUCAAGAUGAAUGCAGCGAACGCUAUUCGUUAGAGUUAACAAUUAGCAGCAUGAGUUCUGAAGAUCCUGCUCACAACUACAAUGUCAGUAGCUCGCACACCUGCCUCAAACUUGGAUUUUGAACCAAUUUCAGGUUACCUUCUUCUGAUUGAAUUGAAGAUGUGAAAGUACACAAUUUGAAAGUCAAAAAAUCCAUCUGCAACAAGUUCUUGACUGGCUUAUGUUUGUGUUUGAAUAAUCUCACAGACUCUUGUGCUUCAGGGAAAUAUUAUGUUUUUUCCUUAAGACAUAAACCACAAACCUGAUAUAUUUUAAUUUUGGAUUAUAUGGACAUGAAACUAAAAAAGAUAGUUA